AUGACGGCGACUACGACGACUACGAGUGGCGAGUACUACGGGGCUAGGCAGGAGUAUGACCGAAUGACUCCCCGCCGCGCGGCCAAAUCUCCCCCAAAUCCCCCAAAAUCUUCACAAGAUCUGCCGCGCGCGCUCGCCGUCGUCCACGCCGUCGAGCACCACGACGUCGCCGCCGUCGAGCACCACGCCGUCGAACUCCGCGCCGUCGCCGUUGCCAUCGUCCGCGCGCUCGCCGUCGUCCACGCCGUCGAGCACCGCGCCGUCGAACUCCUCUCUCUCUCCGCGCGCGCCGGCAGUGACAUUGAGCUAUGGCGGACGGCACCUUCGUCCGAGAUGAGGAGGGGGAAGAAGCGGUGCAGAAAUUGAUAUAUGAGAGUGCCCGUGGGGCUGAUGGAGAUGAAACAGAUUUUGCCGACUUUCUGAAUGAUUUCGGCGAGGGACUUGAGUCCGAACAAGUUAGAAGAGACAACGAAGUUUCCAUAACAAACUCCGCCGAGGUGUAUAUUUAUGUAUCAAGUCUAUGUUCAUAUCACUAGAUGCAUUCAUUUAUUUGUAUUUCACUUAUUAACGAAUAAUUUUUCUAUUAGCCUUCUGGAA